AUGGCAGUCACCGGUGUAUCAAACGAAUCUAGAACUAAUGGCCAUGGGGUCGCCAUCAUUGAUCCUCAAGUUGCCACUACGCCCAGUGCCCCUGAAAAGCUUGCCCAUUUGCAAAAGGAAAUUGAUUCUCACUCCCAGGCUUACAGCAAUGGUGAUGCUGAUGCGCGUUUAAAGCUUCUGGAGACAGCCCGGUCUCUCGUGCAGGCAAUGGAAACACCCCAGGAGACCAUGCUGCGAUACUGUUGGGCCCAGGUGCGUCAGAGCAAAGAAGAUCCCACAGCGUUCGCCGGCAUUGAAACCUGUAUCGAUUUGGGAAUAUUCUUCAUAUUAGCGCAGACGGACAAGCCUAAAACGGUGGCAGAGCUCGCAGCAACAACAGGCGCAGAACCUGAACUUCUUGGUCGUAUCAUGAAGCAUCUCGCCACAAUGGGGGUUUUUGUUGAGACUGGCAUGGAUGAGUAUGGCCGUAAUGGGCUGACUACCACACUGGCCAUUAAACGGUACAAUGAUGCUUGGCCGUGCAUUACUGGAUGCACCCUCCCAGCAAUCAACGCGCUGCCCGCCUGGCUCAAGAAAAACGAUUAUCGAAGUCCCACCAAAGGAACAGACUGUCCUUUUACUCUAGGAUUCAAGACCGACUAUCCUUUCUUCGAAUUUCUUAACGGCAAGAACCCCGACUAUCCUGAACUCGGCGCUCAAUUCAACAAUCUCAUGUCGGCCUACCACCAAGGUAGGCCCAGCUGGAUGGAUGGAAAUUUCUACCCGGUACAAACUCUCAUCGAGGGAGCAAAGACCGGCAAAGAAGACGUUUUCCUCGUGGAUGUUGGUGGAAACAAAGGGCACGACCUGGAGGAGUUCAUAUCGAAGUGGCCAAACACACCCGGCAAAUUGAUCCUGCAAGAUCAGCCACACGUUUUGAAAGAUAUCAAGUCGUUGAACCCAGGAAUUAAGCCCAUGGUUCACGAUUUCUACCAGGAGCAGCCCAUCAAGGGUGCGCGAGUAUAUUUCUUGCACUCCGUCCUGCACGACUGGAAUGACGAGACAUGCCAGAAAAUUCUGUCGCAAUUGGUCGCUGCGAUGACACCCGGCUACAGCAAGUUGUUGAUCAACGAGAACGUCAUUCCCAAUACCGGGGCCCACUGGCAGGCUACUUCCCUGGACCUCAUAAUGAUGGUGGAUCUUGGUGCCAAGGAGCGAACUGAACAACAAUGGCAUCGAGUUAUUGAACCAGUUGGCCUCAAAAUUACUAAAAUAUGGACCCCGCUGGAUAGUGCCGAGAGCUUGAUAGAAUGCGAGUUAGCUUGA